AUAGCCAGUAACGUUGUGGAUAACUGUACAGACUUCGAUGCUGGUUGUUGUACACAUACUGCGGACGGUCAAAACACGGCCUGGUGGCGUGUUGAUCUGGGAGAGUUGAUGACCAUUACUAGGAUCAAAAUAUAUUACAGAGAUGGUUUUCAGAACAGAUUGGCAGGAUACCAGCUUUACGUAUCCAAUACAACCAACACACCACCAAACAGUGUCCUCUGUUACGCGGACACGAGCAGUACUAGAGAUGCUGUAGAACUAAAUGUGACACACCAAUGCCCGUAUGUAGGUCGGUUUGUAACCGUGUACAACUAUAGAAACAACCCAAAACGAUACAGCUGGUACAGUGAUGACGCUAUUCUGGAGUUAUGUGAGGUACAGGUGUUUGGAUGUCAAGUAGGGAGAUACGGUGACGGAAACUGUAAUAGUACUUGUCCGCCAGCGUGUUAUGGUGGUAACUGUAACUCCAAAACAGGUGCUUGUCUCUAUUGCUUCACAGGAAAAUAUGACAACCACUGUACCUCGGAUUGUCCUAUGAAUUGUAAAGACAACGUUUGUUCGAAGGACAUUGGCAUUUGUUUUGAUUGUGUUCCUCAGAAGUACGGCAUCAGAUGUGAACAGAAUUGUUCUACAGAUUGCCUGGGUAGUCUGUGCGAGAAUAUCUACGGCUACUGUUACGGAUGUGUUGCUGGAAAGUACGGUGAUACCUGUGAAUUGAACUGUCCUGGAAAUUGUAAGGACACGUGUGGAAAGGAAACUGGACACUGUAUAGAAUGCAUUCCAGGAAAGUACGGAAACACAUGUGAUCAGGACUGUCCUACAAAUUGUAAGGAUAUGUUGUGUGAGAAAUCCACGGGUAACUGUAUUGAUUGUGCUCCUCAGACGUACGGCAUUCGAUGUGAAUAUGACUGUUCUACAAGUUGUCAGGACCAACUGUGUGAGAAAAUCAACGGGAGUUGUUAUGAUUGCAUUCCUGGAAAGUACGGAAACACAUGUGAGCAGGACUGUCCUGGAAAUUGUAAGGAUAUGUUGUGUGAAAAGUCCACAGGAAAUUGUAUUGAUUGUGUUCCUCAAAAGUAUGGCAUUAGCUGUGAACAGGACUGCUCUACGAAUUGCAAGGGCCGACUGUGUGAGAAAGUCAACGGGAACUGCAAUGACUGUCUUACUGGAAAGUAUGGCAUUAAUUGUGAUCAGAACUGUCCAGGAAAUUGUAAGGACAUGAUGUGUGAUCGCGACACAGGAUUCUGUAAAGAUUGCGUUCCUCAGAAGUAUGGCAUUAAAUGUGAACAGGAUUGUUCUACAAAUUGCCUUGGUAGUCUGUGUGAAAAAGUCAAUGGAAAAUGUCACGAAUGCAUUCCUGGAAAGCACGGUACUAACUGUGAUCAAAACUGUCCAGGAAAAUGUAAGGAUAUGAUUUGUGAACGGGACACAGGAUCCUGUAAAGGGUGUAUAGCUGGAAGGUACGAUGUAACAUGUUUACUUACUUGCCCAGUGACGUGUAAAGACUUUUGGUGUAAUCAACAAACCGGACAUUGCUUAGAUUGCUACCCCUGGAAAGUACGGAGUGGUGUGUGGUGCUGAUUGUCCGGACACAUGUACGGACAAUAUAUGUAGUAAGGACGAUGGACAGUGUCUAGCCACUGAUCUAACCAUUGCCGAUUCUAAAAUGACUAUUAUAGCUGUCCUGGCUGUUGUUUGUGGACUCCUUUUUGCUGCAUUGAUCGCCUUAGCAGUGGUGGUAUUUUUUCUUCGAAAGAGACUAAGCAGAAAGAACCGACCAGAUAAGGACACAGAACAAUCCGUCCCAGACACGGGAUAUACGUCUAUUUCACCUCGCCAAGAAGAAACUCCCCACGUCUAUGAAAUGAUGGUCACCUAAUACGCAAUACAAGUUGAUAUAAUCAUCAAAGAUCUUUGAUUCGGACAGCUGUGAUCCCUUAAUCAAGCAUCAAAGGAACUAAUGUUCAAAAAACUAAAUGCAUGGAUAUUCAGAAAAUAAGUGUUUAUACCUUCCGCAUACGAGUAUUUGGAUUUUGUAAAUAUAAAUAGAUAUUUCUAAAAUGACGAUUCAAGUGAAUGUUGAGAUAAAUUUCUGUAUGCUCGUGUUGCUGUAAUAAUUUUUAUUUAACUUACAUCUACAUAUUUAUAUAGAAAUGUGGAUAAGGAUAAUACUUUUGCUGGGGGAAAUAGCAGCUUCAGAUACUUCUGAUUUUUUAGAAAAUGAAUUUGAUCACGGAAAAGUCAAAUUUUUAUUCACCCCCCCCCCCCCCCCCCCCUCAUUUUGUGAAAAGUGUAUCAUAUAAUCAUAAUCACAAGGGACUAUAUAUCUGUAUGUAUUUUGAUGUAUCUACAUAAGAACUUCGCACUACUAACUUGUACUAAAACGACAAAGCACAAGUGUGAUACACUUUAAUACAUUAUACUGUUAGCUCUUCUAAAUCUAAGUCUCAAAAGGUAUUGAAAGAUGCUUUCAUCGUGUAUCUCGCUAAGGUUCCAGUUUAAAUAUCUUAACGGUUUUAAUGUAUGAAUGUAGAAUACCAUGAUUUAUAAAGCUGAAUUUCGAUUUUGUUACGAUGACUUACUUUUUAUGUAUUCCAUGAUGAUUUUGUUGUUGUUGUUUGAUAAGACAAAUAUGGUGAGUGUGUUAAUCUGGGUAGCGUUAGGUCUUCGUAGCUGUUUUCGUAUGUUACGGCCAAAUAAUACGUUAUCCGGUCAAACUAUGCCGCUCUCCAAAUUGGAGGUAAACAAACGAUACUAUUGGGGUGAAAAGUGUUCGCCGAUCAUAGAUACGUGUCCCAUACAAAGUUAAUUACCUUAAUUCAGCUCUACAAAAACAACCGCGUUACUGGAAAACGUGAAACAAACAAUAACGACACAAUAUUCACAUAUUUUGCCGACUACAUACAAAUAUAUUCAUUGACUGUGGCGCGGUCUACGAAUAUGCGUACAAUUAGUUCCAUGACCAUGACAUUUUUUUCCGGCAUCACUAUUCGAUAUUCAAAACUUGGUUUCCGUCUGACAACAAUCACCCGAAAGGGUUUUAAUAGUAAUAGCUUGUGAUUGAGUACGACGUCUGUUUCAAACUCAGAACACAACACACGUGUUAACAGAACAUGGCGACUUUUAUUAAUAAUACUCAGCACAAGUAUAUGGACAGAGUACUAUCUACAAGUAAUGACGCUACGCGUUAAAGGUACAUUAACCGAACCUGUAGUAUCAAUUACGUAAUUGAUCAUACUUGUAAAAUAUCCCCUCUUUAGAUAGCAAAACUGACCCAAAAUAUUAACUGGCAAAAUUGUUCCAAAUUCUAGUAAGUGUUCCUUACCUAUGAAAUAUGUCCACAAGAAUAGUCUCUAGUUCUACACAAAAUUGUAAACUUGAGAUAAAUUGUAACAAUAAAAUCAUCAAAUCUAA